GCCAAGAUGACGGUGGAAUUCGAGGAGUGCAUCAAGGAUUCGCCCCGGUUCCGGGCGACGAUAGAUGAGGUGGAAACAGAUGUGGUGGAAAUCGAAGCCAAGCUCGACAAGCUGGUGAAGCUAUGCAGCAAUAUGAUAGACGCCGGCAAGGCCUACAUCGUCACCAACAAGCACUUUGUCGGCGGAGUCCGGGACCUUUCCCAGCAAUGCAAGAAAGACGAAAUGAUCUCGGAAUGCCUGGAGAAAUUUGGAGACAGCCUGCAGGAGAUGGUGAACUACCACAUGAUCCUUUUUGACCAAGCUCAGAGGUCCGUCCGGCAACAGCUGCACAAUUUUGUGAAAGAUGACGUCCGGAAGUUCAAGGAGACCAAGAAGCAGUUUGAUAAAGUGCGGGAGGACAUGGAAAUCGCCCUGGUCAAGAACGCUCAGGCUCCGCGCCAUAAGCCCCACGAAGUGGAAGAGGCUACUGGUACCUUGACAAUCACCAGGAAAUGCUUCCGGCACCUGGCCCUGGACUACGUCUUACAGAUCAACGUACUCCAGGCCAAGAAGAAAUUUGAAAUUCUGGAUGCGAUGCUCUCCUUUAUGCACGCCCAAUAUACCUUUUUCCAACAAGGUUACAGCCUCCUCCAUGAACUGGACCCCUACAUGAAGAAACUGGCUACUGAGCUGGACCAGCUGGUGAUCGACUCUGCAGUGGAGAAGCGGGAAAUGGAGCACAAGCACGCACUUAUCCAGCAACGGGUGAGUCUUCAGGAUUUCUCCUAUGAUGAUUCCAAAGUGGAAUUCAACGUUGACGCCCCCAACGGGGUGGUGAUGGAAGGCUACCUCUUCAAGAGAGCAAGCAACGCUUUCAAGACUUGGAACAGGAGGUGGUUCUCCAUUCAGAACAGCCAGCUGGUGUACCAGAAGAAGCUAAAGGACGUCCUCACAGUGGUGGUGGAAGACCUCCGACUUUGUACCGUGAAGCCCUGUGAAGAUAUAGAGAGGAGGUUUUGCUUUGAAGUCGUCUCACCCACUAAGAGUUGCAUGCUGCAGGCCGAUUCAGAGAAACUGCGCCAGGCGUGGAUCCAGGCAGUCCAAGCUAGCAUAGCUUCUGCGUACAGAGAGAGUCCCGACAGCUGCUAUAUUGAGAGGCUGGACCGAACCGCCUCCCCUUCCACCAGCAGCAUUGACUCGGCGACCGACUCGAGGGACCGGAGCGCCAAGGGGGAGACCAUUCUGCAGCGGGUGCAGAGCAUCCCGGGCAACGACCAGUGUUGCGACUGCGGGCAGGCUGACCCCCGAUGGGCCAGCAUCAACUUGGGCAUCUUACUAUGCAUCGAAUGCUCAGGGAUACACAGGAGCCUGGGAGUUCACUGUUCUAAAGUGCGGUCCCUCACGCUGGAUUCCUGGGAGCCAGAAUUACUGAAGCUGAUGUGUGAGUUGGGGAACGCCACCAUGAAUCAGAUUUACGAGGCCCAGUGCGAAGAGCUGGGGCUGAAGAAGCCCACUGCAGGGAGCUCAAGGCAAGACAAAGAAGCCUGGAUCAAAGUUAAGUACGUCGAGAAGAAGUUCCUGAAGAAGCUGCCCAGUGCAGAGACUCUGGCUGAGAACGAGAGGAAGCCCCGGCGGUGGAGUGUGAAGAAGUGCCAGAGGCGCAACAGCUCCACAAAGGCCCCCACGGCCCGCAGGAAGUACCGGCAUGAGGCAGGGAAUGCGUCGCCGGCAGCACACUCGUCAGCCGCUACCCUGGAGAGGAAGUUCCGCCGAGAUUCCCUCUUCUGCCCCGACGAGCUAGACUCCCUGUUCUCGUACUUCGACACCGGCGCUGGAUCCGGGCCACGCAGUCUGAGCAGCGACAGUGGGCUCGGUGGCAGCACAGACGGUAGCACCGACAUCCUCGUGUUUGGCUCUGUAGUGGAUAGCGUCACGGAGGAAGAAUGUGAGGCGUCAGAAGAGUCCAGCGGGGAAGCCGAAAUAGAACAAGAGGCCUCCGACUUGGAGGACCUGCGGGAGCUGCACCCCGGCUUACUGGUUUACAAGGCGGCACGGGCCAGGAACCUGCCCGUCAUGGCAGAGGCACUGGCCCACGGCGCUGACGUCAACUGGGUGAACGACGAAGAUGAGAACAAAACCCCGUUGAUCCAAGCUGUAAUGGGGGGCUCCUUGAUAGCUUGCGAAUUCUUGCUCCAGAAUGGAGCGGAUGUUAACCAAAGAGAUAUCCGAGGGCGUGCGCCUCUGCAUCAUGCAACGUAUUUGGGCCACACUGGUCAGGUCUGCUUGUUCCUAAAGCGAGGAGCCAAUCAGCACGCAAUCGACGAGGAUGGGCAGGACCCUCUCAGUAUCGCGGUCCAGGCUGCCAACGCAGACAUUGUUACCUUGUUGCGUCUGGCUCGAAUGAACGAAGAGAUGCGUGAAGCUGAGGGUCCCUUUGGUCAUCCAGGUCAAUAUCCCAACAACAGCCCUACAGAGCUCCAGUACCGAAAGUGUAUACAGGAGUUCAUCAGCCUUAACAUAGAUGAGUGUUAGUGACGACUCCCGCAACCCUGCUGCCUCCUCUUCCUCCUCUUUUGGGUCGAAAUUUAAGGAUACCGACCAAGCCCAGGAAAAAAAAAACUGUUAGAUGUGUGUCUUGGGGGUGGGGCGGGCUUUGCCAGGGGAAGAUCUCGAUUCUGGUAGCUUAUGAGUGGAUCAGCUGAAGGUCACACAGAAGGAGAAAGAGAGAGAGCGAGAGAGAGAGGGAGGAGGGAGAACCUUUAAAAUAAAUAUAUAUGUAAAU